AUGCCUCCUAAGGGUAAGGCCAAGGUUCUGCCGGAAGCAGCUUUGCUUGAUGCUCCUCCUCCAUCGCCCACUCCUGCUUCCUCCACACCUGCAAGCAAGGACAAGGGCAAAGCACCGGUGGUUGACCCCAACAAUGUGACUCUCACUGACGCGCCUGCUAGUGGCUCUGGCAUCUCCCUGGAAGAGAAGCUACGCUCUCUUCGUAUGACUGUUCCUGACAGCGGUUCUAUUGAGGACGACUCUGACGAAGAACUUGAAGUCAAGGUCAAGACAAAAGCUUUCCACCGCGUCCGAUACACGACGAUUCUGCUGUUACCUGUGGCUCUCGCGCUGGAAGUGGCAUCAAUCAUCACCACUGUGCGGACGCUGAUGAACUGCCUCCCUGCCUGCCUCGCCGCUGAUAACACCCAUUCUGGUGGACCCGGCCAUGGUGCUGAUCUCCACGGGUGGAAAUUGCGAGCUUGGAUCAGCUACCCGUGCCUCCCUCGAAAAGGCCAGCCUCAACAUCACCAGGAAGUCGGCAGUGACGACGAAGGGGAAGAUUUGGACGAUGGCGAAGAACGAAGUGGCGACGAGCGCAGCACACGCCGAUCGAAGAAGGAGAAGCGCCCACCGGCACUGCGCAUCAAGCGCCAAUGGUCGGACGCUAAGCUGUCAUCUCUCGCGGUUGCCCGAUGGAACACGAAGGACGACCUAAAGGCGAUGCAAGGGAAGCAAGGGAGCCAGUACUGGAAGAAGCUCCAAGCACACAUGGUUGAGAGGGAUGCCACGUGGGACCGCGAUGAGAGGCAGAUGUCGAACGCGUGGAAACGUCUCGAGAAGAAGUACUUGAAAACGAGACGGGGGGAGACGCAAAGCGGGGGGAAAGCAAUCAAGAAGAAGCCAUGGUGGGAAUACGUGUACCAUCUCAAGAAACACUCCGCAAGGGCAAAACCACACGCACUUGACGGAGGAGGUGCCGCCAACGUUGACAUCCUUGUGUACGCCACCGUGCCCGAUACCAACGACAGGGAGACAUCAGCUCCUCUAUCCCAGGGAUAUGACGGUGUCACACCACCACCGAAACGACGGCAGAUAGACGAAACCGCAACAAUGACAGCAGCGAAGCUUGUGACCGACGCCAUCAACUCCACCAACGCCAUGGCGUUGCGCCAGCUACAAGACUCCACGCAGCUUCUUGUUGUCGCUAUGAACAUGGCGGCGAUUCAGGUUGGCUUCCGACUGCAAAUGGCCAGUCCACCCGUACCACUUGCGGCGCCCUCGACUACGCCGCCUCCAGCACAGCCGACUGACGCAUGCGACGCCGACAUGGCGGGGUCCAAGGAUGUGGCGGAGCACCCCGAGCCUUAG